ACCGCCCUCACAGUCCCACUUCAGUUUCCGCGUGCUCGUGUCGUCCAUACUCCGUACCGUUCCUGCUUCAACAGCACGCUCUUGCCGAAUCAAACAAAUUAAGGAGAAAUUCCAUGGUUCUACACUUCUUAGUUUCCAUGUGCUAUUGCUGCCGCCGAGAAUUUACUCCCAUCCUCGUCGUUUUAGGGCGUUGAAGAAACCGAGGAAUUUGAAGUGAAAAAGGAUGGUGUUUAAGGGCAGAUUCUUUUCCUCAAGGAAGUCUGAUAGUUCUAGUCCCGACGGAUCUCACAAUAGCCCUCGAUCUCUAGGGUCUAACUCGAAUUCGCCGAUCGGAUUUGAUAAGAAAAAACCCAAAUCAUUGUCGCCCUCCGUUUCUAAGGAUGCUUCUUCCGCUGCUGCUUCCGGGAGCAGUUCGGCUAAGACGCUUCUUAGGAAGAAAGAUUCCUCGAGAGGGAAAGAAUCGCUGAAUUCAAGCAAACUUUCCUCUGGAAUUUCUACCGAUGCUUCGGUUAAUUCAAGGUUGAAGGCAUCUGAAGAGUUGGCGCCUUCGGGUUCGGGAGGCCAAACGUCGGUAUCUGUCUCGCCGAUCGUGGCUUCGUCUUUGGGAUUAAACAAAAUCAAGACGCGCUCAGGGCCAUUGCCGCAGGAGAGUUUUUUCAGUUUUUCAGGCAGGGAGAAGGGCGUUGCACUGGGUGCUAGUACCUUGUCUAGGCCAUCGGCCAUUGCUGGAAAAUCUGGGGCAUUGAGUGGUAAGAAGAAGAAGGACAAAGUAGUAGCUGAAAGUUCUGAAAAUAGGAGUAAUUCUGAUGGUAUGUCGUCAGAUAAUGGGGCAUUGAGGGACCAAAACUCACAUGUAUUUCAGGUUCGGACUCGGCUCCAAAAUGCUGAGUCAUCAACAUCGGAGGCUACUGGGAUUUUUGACCCACCAAUUCUCAGAAAUACAGAUGCAUGUACUCCAGAGACUAAGACGCCAUAUGAUUGUGACAAUCCAAAAGAAUCUGAAUCUCCGCGCUUUCAAGCUAUACUCCGUCUUACAAGUGCACCCAGGAAGAGAUUCCCCGGUGAUAUAAAGAGUUUCUCACAUGAAUUAAACUCUAAAGGAGUACGUCCUUAUCCAUUUUGGAAACCUGGAAGAUUAAAUAACUUAGAGGAGGUUUUAGCUACAAUCCGGGCAAAAUUUGACAAAGCAAAGGAAGAAGUUGAUUCAGAUUUGCGUGUCUUUGCAGCAGAUAUUGUUGGCAUUCUUGAAAAGAAUGCAGAAGCUCAUCCAGAAUGGCAGGAGACCAUAGAGGACUUACUGGUCCUGGCUCGGAGCUGUGCUAUGACUUCUCCAGGAGAAUUUUGGCUGCAGUGUGAUGGCAUAGUACAAGAACUGGAUGACAAACGCCAAGAGCUUCCUAUGGGCAUGCUAAAGCAGCUUCAUACGCGAAUGCUUUUUAUACUCACCAGAUGUACUAGAUUGUUGCAGUUUCAUAAGGAAAGUGGAUUGGCUGAGGAUGAACAUUUAUUUCAUCUUCGCCAAUCAUUUCAGCCUCCAAAUAAACAAGAUCCUUCACUCAUGGAAGUGAAUGAAAAAAUAUCAAGUGAUUCAAAAAAUUUCAUAGCUCCUUCUACAAGGAAGUCUUACAGUCAGGAGCAGUCCAAGGGGAGGAGGGACCAAUCUGUGUCUGGAAUUUCUCUGUCUUCAGUUUCUGAAACCUCUAAAUACCUUGACUCUCCUGAUGGUAGGAGUCGGAUGGCAUCUUGGAAGAAAUUUCCUUCUCCUUCUGGUAAAAGCCCCAAAGAAGCUGCUUCAGCUAAGGAGGGCCAUGACCAAGCUAUCAUCGAAUCUCCAAUAAAAUUAGAUAAUCAAAGUGGAAGGAGUUAUACUGAUGUAGCAACUACUGCGGCUCUUGACAUUCCUGCUAAGGACUCAAAUGGGCCAUCCCAGAGGCCUAAGCAUCAACACAAAGUUUCCUGGGGCUACUGGGGAGAUCAACCAAGUAUAUAUGAUGAAAGUUCAAUAAUUUGCCGCAUAUGUGAGGAGGAAGUUCCAACUUUGCAUGUGGAAGGCCACUCUAAAAUAUGUGCAAUCGCUAAUAGAUGUGAUCAAAAGGGUCUAAGAGUGGAUGAACGGCUCGUUAGAAUUGCUGAAACUCUUGAGAAAUUGAUGGAGUCCGUUUCUGCUAAGGAUUUGCAACGUGGGGUCCUUGAUGGUGCUAAAGUAUCAAAUUCAAGUGUAACUGAAGAGUCAGAGCUUUCUCCGAAAUUUAGUGAUUGGUCACGUAGAGACUCUGAAGACAUGCUAGAUUGUUUUUCCGAAGGUGAUCACAACAUUGUCAUGGAUGACCUAAAGGCUUUACCAUCCAUGUCAUCUAAAGCUAGAUUGGCGCACAAAUCGGAUCAAGUAACAUCAACAUCAUCAGCAGGCAGUGGAACUCCAAGAUCUCCAUUGUUGACACCACGGACGAGCCCAAUUGAUUUACUUUUGUCGGGGAAAGGUGCUUUUUCUGAAAAUGGAGAUCUUCCUCAGAUAAGUGAACUUGCUGAUAUUGCUCGAUGUGUGGCACAUACACCCCUGGAUGAUGAUCGUUCUUUAGAGUAUCUGCUUUCAUGUCUUGAAGACUUGAAAGGUGUUGUAGAUCGCAGAAAGUUUGACUCACUGACUGUAGAUACAUUUGGAGCACGCAUAGAGAAAUUAAUCAGGGAGAAGUAUUUACAACUAUGUGAACUUGUUGAUGAUGACAAGGUUGAUGUAACAAGCACUAUUAUUGAUGAGGAUGCUCCUAUGGAAGAUGAUGUUUUACGUAGUCUGCGAAAUAGUCCUGUGCAUCCUUCCAAUGAUCGCACGUCUAUAGAUGACUUUGAGAUCAUAAAACCAAUUAGUCGUGGGGCAUUUGGUCGGGUAUUCUUAGCAAAGAAGAGAACAACUGGAGAUCUAUUUGCAAUCAAGGUUCUUAAGAAGGCAGAUAUGAUACGCAAAAAUGCAGUUGAAAGUAUAUUGGCGGAACGUGAUAUACUGAUAUCUGUCCGCAAUCCUUUUGUGGUCCGUUUCUUCUAUUCGUUCACUUGUCGCGAAAAUUUAUAUCUUGUGAUGGAGUAUUUGAAUGGUGGAGAUCUCUACUCGCUAUUGAGAAAUCUAGGCUGCUUGGAUGAGGAUGUUGCUCGUGUGUAUAUUGCUGAAGUUGUGCUUGCACUGGAAUAUUUGCAUUCUCUUCGUGUGGUUCAUCGUGAUCUGAAACCAGAUAAUUUGCUUAUAGCACAUGAUGGCCAUAUCAAGUUAACAGACUUUGGGUUAUCAAAAGUGGGUCUAAUCAACAGCACUGAUGACUUGUCGGGACCAGCUGUCAGUGGAACAUCGCUUAUGGAAGAAGAUGAACGGCCAUUAUCUGCAUCAGAGCAUCAGCGAGAAAGGCGUAAAAAACGCUCAGCUGUUGGCACACCUGACUACUUGGCACCUGAGAUUCUUCUAGGAACUGGGCAUGGUUUUACUGCUGAUUGGUGGUCUGUGGGGGUUAUUCUAUUUGAGUUGAUUGUUGGUAUCCCUCCAUUCAAUGCUGAACAUCCGCAGAAAAUCUUUGAGAACAUUCUCAAUCAGAAGAUUCCUUGGCCAGGGGUGCCUGAUGAAAUGAGCCUUGAAGCUUAUGAUUUGAUUGAUAGAUUUCUGACUGAAGAUCCUAACCAGAGGCUUGGAGCUGGAGGAGCUUCAGAAGUUAAGCAGCAUCCAUUUUUUAAAGAUAUUAACUGGGACACUCUUGCUCGACAGAAGGCUGCCUUUGUCCCAGCAUCUGAGGGUGCAAUGGAUACCAGCUACUUCACCAGCCGUUACACUUGGAAUCCUUCAAACGAGCACGUCUACACUGCUAGUGAAUUAGACAACUCCAGUGAAGAUGGAAGCAUGAGCGGCAGCAGUAGUUGCCUAAGCAACAGACAUGAAGAAGUGGGGGAUGAAUGUGGAGGGCUCACGGAGUUUGAUUCAAGCUGUGACAUCAAUUACUCCUUCAGCAAUUUCUCAUUUAAGAAUCUUUCCCAGUUGGCAUCGAUCAAUUAUGAUUUGCUCACAAAAGGUUGGAAGGACGAUCCGCCGACGAAUUCGGGUACAUAAAUUUAUCUUUUGUGAGGUGUUUAUGUGUGUGUAUAUAUAUAUAUGGGUGGAAAUUGGUAUCCCUUUGUAAAUGUAUCUUGCAUUGCAUCAUUGACCACCCCUUUUAACAUGUAAUAUUCUUAUCAUGUGAGAAUAGUGGUGCAAAAGGAUGAGUUUUUCAAACAAAUAAUCUUAUGGCAAAAUUAUAUUAGAUAAACCGGACUACCCAAGAUAAGGUUGUGCUUUGAAUUGUUUUCAAUUUAAAAUUGAUUAAAAAAAAAAAAAAAACUAAAA